AUGCCGGGAGCGCGCAGUGGCGGCAGCGGCAGCGACGGCAGUAACAGCGGCCGCGCGAGCGGGGACACCAACGGGGCGGUGACCGUGUGGGAGGUGGUCUCACUCUUGGGGAAAUUGCUGGGGACCGUCGCCGCGCUGAAGGUGGUUCUGUACCUGCUCCGGGUGUGCUUCGCGAUGGCCUGGAAAUCCGGCGGCGCCAGCCACUCGGAGCUAAUCCACAACCUCCGCAAAAAUGGAAUCAUCAAGACAGAUAAAGUAUUUGAAGUGAUGCUGGCUACAGACCGCUCCCACUAUGCAAAAUCUAACCCUUAUAUGGAUUCUCCACAAUCAAUAGGUUUCCAAGCUACCAUUAGCGCCCCUCACAUGCAUGCAUAUGCACUAGAACUCCUGUUUGACCAGUUACAUGAAGGUGCUAAAGCCCUUGAUGUAGGAUCUGGAAGCGGAAUCCUCACUGCGUGUUUUGCACGGAUGGUUGGACAAAGUGGAAAAGUCAUAGGAAUUGAUCACAUUAAAGAACUAGUAGAUGACUCAAUAAACAACGUCAAAAAGGACGACCCAGUGCUUCUGUCUUCAGGACGAGUACGACUGGUUGUGGGUGAUGGAAGAAUGGGAUAUGCUGAAGAAGCUCCUUACGAUGCUAUUCAUGUAGGAGCUGCUGCCCCAGUUGUGCCCCAGGCAUUAAUAGACCAGUUAAAGCCUGGUGGAAGAUUGAUAUUGCCAGUUGGUCCUGCAGGAGGAAACCAAAUGUUGGAGCAGUAUGACAAGCUACAAGAUGGCAGUGUCAAAAUGAAGCCUCUGAUGGGGGUGAUAUACGUGCCUUUAACAGAUAAAGAAAAGCAGUGGUCCAGGUGGAAGUGAUUUUCUCUUCUGCUCUUUCUUCUUCCACACAUUCAAGAGAUGAACUAUAAAAGCAACAUGAGCUUGACCAGUUUAUAACAUUGCAGUGGAUUGCUCAUCUCGGUCCUUAAAGCAUUUGAAAACCAACAGCAUCACAGCUUGUUUUGGACUUUGUUACACUCUUAUUUUCAGCAUGAAAAUGUGUGGUUUUGUAGGAUUUCCUAAUUCAAAGAGGCGCAGAGCCAAACUGGUAGAGGAGGGCUGCAAAGUAUAACUUUGUGUGUUGUUUUAACAUGCCCACAUUUUAUUUUAAAAAUAUUAAAAGAAAAGGUUCUCCACAUGGAAAACCUAGUUUAUUAAUUAGUUUUGAAGAAUGGCUUUGCUUUUCUUGAACACUUAAUUCUGUUCCAAUAUUAAUUUAUCAGAUUUCUUUUGUGCAUCAGAUAACACCACCAUUUACAAGUUUAGGUUUCUUGGUAGCUGAUGUUCGUUAGAUGCUACUAAGAAAAUAGAGAUGAGCUUUCUUUUUAAAGCUUUCGACGUGGUGUCGUAGGAUAGCAUGUUGUAGAUACAAUCAGCUGCUGUUACCUUAAAACUAGUUGUUUGUAAAUACUGAAACCUCUGACGACGGCAGGUGGUGUCCUGUAAACACUCAGCUGUUCAGACUGGACAUCUCUGAUGUAAUUUUCCUCUCUCUAAAAAUGAUAGGAGGUUGUAGCUCAAUAUCGUUUUCUGUUUCUAGUUUGCUGCUGAUACUGUAUCUGCGCCUAACACGCUGUGUAAGCUGUUGCUAGUCUGCACAGUUUAUACAGCGCUGCUUUGCCAAAUAAAAUUAAAAGCAAAAGAAGCAUUGGUGGCGUUUGACUCUAGAAGAACAGAGGUCUGCUAGGUCCAGAUACUGCCCACAGUCACGGGGGAAAGUGUCUCCUGCUGCUGCUGCAGUCUGUGUACUCCUAGGAGGUAAAUAUGUAUAGCAUUAGUCCACAGUACAUGGCUGCCUUUCUUCAGGACAAAGACUGUGCGCUCAUUGUUCUCACUGCCUUCCCAGCCCAGGGCUUGCUAUUUAGUAGCUCUGUAGUAAAUGUCCAAUGAGUGAGUGGCUGAAGUUAGUAUCAGGGAAGAAUGUGGUUGAGAAUAAACAUACCAAAAUCUAUAAGUAGACUUAUUCAUUUAAUAACUGUAAAGUGUGUGAAGACAAUAGCACUUUGAGGAUCUUAUUUAUGUUUUCUAAGACUUUAGUUUUUGUGAAGUUUCUAGAACUGAAGGGAAGAUUAUCAGCUCCCAGUAAGUGGGGCUAGCUUCCUCAGCAGAGCCUUCCAUGUGAAGGGCACAUAGUUCUGACAACAUGAUUCUUAGUGUGUGAGAAACCCUUCCCCACUCUCCAAGUCUUAUAUCACUAACUUAGAAGUCAUGCAGACAUCAUCUCACAAGUGUCUUCUUGGCUGAGGUCUCAGUCACAAGAAACUAGCAUUCUGCGGUCCCACAGACUUGAAAAUCUUACCCAGCUUUGGUUUGCUGCUGGUUGUUGCUUUGGAAUUCUGGCAGUGAACUCUGGUGUCUAGGAUGCAUGGUUAUUUGAAGUAUGUGUAAAGGUUAAAUGUUCUUUCAGGCUUUAAAGCAAAUAAAUUCUUAACCGUA